GCCAGCGCUCUCUGCUCACUUUACUCCCAAAUCUCACCGGCUAUGCGGGCUUCGCAGAGCUCUUGUCGAAGGAGGGCUGCUCGUCUCAUGGUGGAAUCUGUAGCUGAUGGAAUGGUCUCCAGCAAAUAUGUUGCUACGCACGCAGCUAGAAUUUAAAUGAACAAAUUGUCAACUCAUUUCUGUGAGGACGUUUGCUCUGGACGCGCAGGUCUGUGGAAGACUGGCUACAGGAUAUUUCCAAAAGAGAUCUCCUGAGCUCAGGUGACCAGGGAGCUGUGACUAUACCAGAUGUCCGAAGUCAUCUUGCCCAGUGGACUGUGGUAUUGACAGGGCGAAUAAAGAAGAUGUCUGUGUGUGGUGAAUUUGCUGACCACUUGUGGAAACCAGGGUCCUGCAAGAACUGCUUUCGCCCCAGCAGUGACCACCGCUGCAAUGGCGGGGUGAUCCAUGCCAGCCCCAGCAGUGACCACCGCUGCAAUGGCGGUGUGAUCCAUGCCAAGGCCAGCACUGACGCAGACGAGGAGAACUGUCUGAGUCUCUCCACCCACACAAAACCCACUAUUGCGGUCAAGCCCACCAUGAUGAACCCUGACACUUUGGACAUGUUGACCGACGUCAACAUGAACUUUGGACAGGAUUACCAGAAGAAUGUAAUUGACAAACUCAGCCUUAUGGAGAUGUUGGAACUUGCUCCCUUCUAUAGAGGCAAAAAUGGCUGCAGAAAAACUCUGAAAGAGGUUGUUAUGCAAAAUGCAGCCUCAGGGAACAUGGACUACCUUUGCAGAUUGUCCUACGAUGCAUUGUCCUCGUCAGCCCAGAAGCACGAGUCACUUUUUGUCAGCGGCAUCCAGGAGGAAGGACGUGGGGCCCUGGGUUUGAAGGAGAAUGGGGCCAGCAGUGGAUUCAGGCCUGUGAAAGGCAACAGCCACACAAGGGCUUUUAUACAGGAGCCUGAGAGAACCACAGACUCCUCUGGAAGCGGGGCUGGACACAGAGGCAUUGGGACUGAUGGCCAGGCUACUGCCAUCGACGUCACCGCUGCCCCGGCCAGCGACGUGAAUUCCUGGAACAGAGAGCCCCCAAACGCUUCUGACAAUUCGGCUCCAGGUUGUGCACCACAGGGGAGCUCGGAACACAGCCACUGCUCUGUCAGCUCCAGGGCUGAGCCGACUGCUACGGCGGACACCUGCUCCUGCCCCAGCCCACAGCACUCAUCCGGCUGCUCGAAAGGGCCAGAUAAGCCCCAAACAUUACUGUUUUUACCCAGCUUGCCCUCAGCCGCCGAGGGCAUUCGAUUGAAAUCUGAGCCAAUAUAUGCAGAGAGCACCAAGCGCAAGACGAAAGCAUUCAUAGGCUGCCCUUCCCAGCAGUGUUCAGCCCUGGAAGGGGAACUGGCCACGGAUAACCAGUGGGACAAAACUGAUGCCGUGACUGGCAACACAGGAGAGCCCGAUGGUCAGGUUCUUUACCUGACAAGUUCAGGUCCUGCUUUAAACAUACUGUGUCAUCACUUAGGCCCCACCUCCAGGUGUUCCACUUUUCAGUGUUGCUGUGGCAACCCGGAGACAAACACAGGUUCUCUGCAGUCUAGACCUCAAGUGAGCCCUCCCGUUCCCCCCAAAAGGAGCUCUUGUUCUCCAAAAUUUGAGUCUGCUUGCCUCUCUCCUUCACCACAUCCAGAGGUGCAUUUCUACCCAAGUGUCCCAACACCGUUGCUCUGCCUGUCUGGAAACGAGGCCCAGGGGGAGGGUCACUCCCCAGGUGCUGCCGUGCUAGAGCAGAGAGACACCCUGCAUAGUGCUGAGAUUGAGGAGGAGGAGGAGAUAGGGGGCAAGGGCAAAUCCACCAAUGCAGCUGCCGCGUUAGAGACAAGGGAUUGGGGUCCCACUGUACACAGCAGCGAGAGCACCCCACCCGGGGUCUGUCAGUUGUGCCUGGACAAACAUAAAGGGAGCAUGUUAGCCAACAACUCGUCCUCUGCUGCCCUGUCAGAGGUGAAGAGCAAAAGCCUUAUGACCGUGCCACCUCCACCACCUCCAAAGAAGCACCACAGAGUUUCCAGUAAGAUGAACAAGCCCACCUCUGACAUAGAGAAGACCAACUGGAAUGAUUCUGUGGAGAGCUUUGUCCGGCCUCUUAGGAUCCUGCCUGGAGGAUCAUCGAGUGGCCUCGGCUCCAUUCGCAGGAUCUUCUCUGAUGGGGGCGACCAUGGUGCUCCCUACUUGCCCAAUCUGUCAUUGUGUUUGAGGUCCUCCCUGGUGUUGCCUCACGCUGAAGCACUUCCCCGUCCAGGGUUGCCCCUGCAGCCGCCUCCUCUUCCUGAGAAGAGGCUGGUGAACCGCACCGUGUCUGGGCCUCGCGGUGAAGGGGGGAGGUGGCUGAGCGCGACAAACCCUUGUUUCCCCCUGAGCAGAUCAGAGGGUGACAUCUGUGGUCCGGCUAAGGCCUCCUUCAUGACGAUGACGCAGCUGAACGUGCGCUCUUCCGCCAAGUCCCAGGGGCAUCCGCAGACCGCCCUGCAUCCGCGCGUGCUGGAGCAGCCUCUUGGGAAGGGAAGUCUCUGUAGGACCAUCACCUCCUCCUCCUCCCCCCAGCUCAGCGCGCCUCCCCCGGGCUCUGGCCUCCACUUGCAGAUGCUGCUCAGCAACAUGGACAGCCGGGAAGGCGUCUACUCCAAGCUGGGCGGGCUGUACGCUGAAUCCCUGCGCCGACUGGCGCUGAAGUGCGAGGAGCAUUUCACCCAAAGCCAGAGGAACCCGCUGCGCUUCGACGAGAGCAACUGGUCCCUCUUCAAACUCACCUGUAACAAACCCUGCUGUGAGGCUGCGGACGGCACCUACUACGCUGCCUCCUGUGCCUCCGACCCCUUCAGCUCGUAUGCAGUGAAGAUCUGUAAAAGCCAAACUCGAGAUGCUAAACUGGGUCACUUGUACGGGCGGUCGGUUCAGCAGAGCGUUCCUCCCCACUUCAACCUGCAGCAGGACUGUGGCCACUUCAUCGCCUGCAUUCCCCAGAGCAUGCUGCCCCCAGACGAAGCAGCAGACCGGUCCCCCCAACGCAGUGAGCAGGAGCGCGUGGUGGUUAUCACCCGCGAAGUGCCCCGCCAGAGCGCCGCCGGUUUCGUCCAGGACUGCGUGGCCUUCCACCGGACCCAGCCGGAGGCGUACGAGCGGAGGGUGUGCUUCCUGCUCCUGCAGCUGUGCAAUGGACUGGAGCACCUCAAGGAACACGGCGUUACCCACUGCGACCUCUGCCUGGAGAACCUGCUCCUGGUGCCUCACGCGUACCCGCCCGAUGGCUUCUGCAACCAGAACCACCUCCCCCGCCUGCUAGUCAGUGGCUUUGCUAAAGCUAAACGGCACUUAGCGGAGGACCCCUCCACCGACCCCCUGCUGAAGACGGACCGCUCACGCUUGUCCCCUGAGAUCUUGUCGGCCACCCAGUACCGCAAGUUUGACGAGUUCCAGAUGGGAAUCCUGAUCUAUGAGCUCCUGCACCAGCCCAACCCCUUCAAGGUGAGCCCCAAGCUAAAGGAACGGGACUACCACUGCAAGGACCUCCCGCCCAUCCCGCCCGUGUCGCUGUACUCUGCGGGCCUCCAGAGGCUCACCCACCUGCUGCUCCACCCUGACCCCACCAAGCGCAUCCACAUCCAGGAAGCCAAGCAUGCCCUGCAGAGCCUGCUGUGGGGUCCCUGGCGGGACCUGAUGGAGCAGCAGCGGGACAGGCCCAGGGAGGGCCCGUACCACGAGGGUCUGCUCAACUGGCUGGACGUGAAACGGGCCCUGCUGAUGAUGAAGUUUGCAGAACGCUCCUUGGAGCCAGAGCAGAGUGCCGAGCUGGAGGACUGGCUUUGCUGCCAGUACUUCUCCUCAGCCAGCCCGCCUAGCCUCUGUCACACCGCUAAUCUCCUCUACUUCAAGUGACUGUGGGAUGUGCUGCACAGGCUUGGUUCUGGCAUGGUAGGAAGACUUACUGCAUUGAAAAAAUGUUAAAUAAAUGAAUCUAAGGCAUCUUGUUUAACCUAUUUAAACUGUGAGUUGUUACCGUUAGCUUUACAUGACACAUUUUCAGUUCUUGUCCUUAUAUAUUUGUCCUUAACUUCAGUGAACAUGAAAUUCAUAAUGUUGUACGCUACAGUCCGUAUGUAUUUGGACAGCGAUACAAUUUCUGCA